AUGAGUUCAUCUCUGCUUGCGACGAAGAAGCGGAAACAGUUUUCGCUAAGCGAGAAAGUCGAUAUUCUUCGGCAACUGGAAGAAGGCAAAAAACAGGCUGUUGUGGCCAAAGAACUUGGAGUGGCGCGUUCCACAAUUGCCACGAUCCUGAAAGAUAAGGACAAAAUAAUGAAGUGCCAGGAUCAAUCGCAACUUGCCCCCUCAAGGAAGCGACUGUGGCUCGGUGACUUCCAGCCGAUAGACUCCGCGGUGCUCACAUGGUUCAAAGACGUAAGAGCCCAGAACGUGCCCGUGUCGGGCCCACUGAUUCAGGAGAAGACGCGACAGUUUGCUGCAAUUUUGAAUGUAACAGACUUCGAAGCAUCUUCUGGUUGGCUCCACCGUUUUCGCCAGCGAAAUGCGAUCACCUGGCAGACUGUGUCCGGUGAGGAGAAGGCAGCAGACGAAGCGGCAGCGUCCACGUGGCGGGAAGAGAAGUUUAGGGAAAUAAUGGAGUCAUACAGUGCGGCCGAUAUAUUCAAUGCCGAUGAGACGGCCUGCUUCUACCAACUUUAA